AUGCCCAUUACACUAACUACAGCCGCACAUCCCCCGCGUAGGUGGAAUGCUAUGAAAUUAGACACGGCCAAAGAUCUGCUCAAACGCUCAUUCCAGGAAGAUUCCCACAGAGGGGAAGACUCUGGCAGCAGUGGAGAUUCUGGCAGAAGGCGAGAUGUGAAUUUGAUACGAACCUCGUUUCCACCCAGUCUCUUUAGCACAUCUCAUGUCUCCCCCUCGCGAAAUGGCUUCGUCUGGGCGGUGUUUCACGCAUAUAGCCAUCAUCACAACCUCACGAUACGACCAGAAGAUGUGUGGUUCUCCAUUUUAACGCAGCUUAGUUUCUUUGUCAACACCCAUGCAGAGGAGCUGCGAUCUUUGUUUCCCACCCACAAUGAGCAGAAACGGCUGACCGUCUUCGGUGCUGGGACUUUGGAGACUGCCGACUUCGGUGCCAUGGCCCUACAGAUGACCCAGCUUAUUGAAGAGAAUGUGGUAGACGAGUUACGACGCUGGAUCAUGCCAGAUUUUAGCAGCACUACCAAAUCCGACAGUGUGGUAGCAGCUGCUUUGAUGAUGGGCACCUUGCAGAAAUACUUCUCAUACGGUUUCCAUUUGCUUUGUGGAAUUCCUUCCGUCACCUUGCUGGGAGAGCGACAAGACUGGCUCAGUCUAGUGAAGAAACUGGACAAGCUGCAUCAAUUUGGCGACGAACCCGCCCGAUUUGCGCAACUUCUUCGACCAAUUCUGAAUCAUUUUGUCCAGUCUUUUGACAGCCCUGAAUCGCCUGACGUGCUGAGUUUCUGGAACAAAUGCGCGCACAAGACUGGAGGGAGCGGACCGUCAUUCUUGACGGGUUGGGUGUCAGUAUUUUGUUUCUGGGACGAGACUGGAGAUUUGUUGUACGACAAAGAAUCAAUCCAUCGAGUCUCCUCGCCAAAGUUCACCACACGCAACACAGACAUGGGCCUCGAUGAUGUGUUGUCGCGCUACGUUAAAACAGAUGACAUUCCAUCUGGCUAUGUCUCUGUGCCAGUUAUCGUCGAUGACAACGGAGUCAUUCACUAUACAGUGAUGUUGGCUGGCCUAGUCGGCAUUCAAGCCAAGUCAAGUGGAGCGAUGUUGGACGGCGCCAAUGUUCCCUAUGGACGGGGAACGCUGCCACUGGGCCCGGAUUAUAAUCCUCCUCCUGCAACUGAGGAACCUGGACUAGAUUCAAUCCAGCCCCUUUCAGGGUGGUGGAUGUAUGAACAAAAAGGUUCGAAGAACGCCGGAAUACGUGCUUAG